AUGGCUGUGUUUUUACCGACAGACCCCGAAUACACGUGGAUGAUAGCUAAAAUGCAUCACAACAUGGCGGACGCCUCCGUCCACCAAUCGUGUACUCACUUAGGAUUUACGCAUCUAGUGAUCGAAUCUAUCGCUGUCUGCGCAAACCGUAACCUUUCCCCAUCACAUCCCAUUCAUAGACUACUGGCGCCACACCAUCUAUACGUAAUAGCUAUCAAUAGUCGAGCAUUGGCAAAGUUAGUGGCUCCCGGUGGUUGGGUGGAUAAAUGCAUGCAUAUUGGUCAUGUUGGGAUGUAUGACGCUGAAGAGAAACUGAAGAAUGAUUACGAGCUCCAAGCUUGGGUCCAAGAAAUGACAGCGCCGCCACCGGAAGGAUUCGGUAUUAAAGGAGUUCCUGGUGGUGGUCUUUUUAGUUCCACAGGCGAAAUUGUGGAAGCAGUGACGUCAAUGAUUUUCAUCAGUAGUGUGGGUCACGCCGCGUCGAAUUUCCCCCAAUAUGAUGAGUAUGCGUUCCCCACAAAUUACCCUGCAAUGCUACAAGGCGAAAUUCCAAGGUCAAAGGUUCCUAUUAACCAGUCACAGCCUCAGGGGGAGGAGCUGAGUGAAAAGUCAGUUUUAGAUCAGCUACCUGAUAAGCAAACCACACUGGAUAUAAUGGUGGUUACUAAGCUACUCAGUGAAAGAGGAACAAAUACACUGACUGAAUUUGAAAUCAAAUAUCAAUACGACUCCACAGGGGAAACAGCUGUUAACGAGUUCAGAAAAGAAUUGAUUAAAAUUGCAGGAAUUAUCACUGAGGGCAACAAGACACGAGACUCACCGUAUCCGUAUCUUGAUCCAAGAGAAGUUUCCAAUGCAAUCAGUAUUUAA